GGAAAACGCGAGCCGUCGCCGCGCUCCCUAAACCGCCGCCUGCCCUCGGCCAACCGCCCCCAACGGCCGCCCGCGCGUGGCUCGCCAGGCCCCCUCGCUCCUCCCCCUCAGGCCCCCGGAGCGCUCCCCUCCCUCCGCCUCGCACUCUCGCACCUCGCAGGCUCGCCGCCGUUGGGAGCUGCCAUGCCCCUGCCGCAGGCUGUCCACGGGCCUAGGCGCGGCGGCCCGAGAUAGGGUCCCCUCCGCCUCCCGGGGGAGGAGAGAGGCAGCGGGCCGCGCGCUCCGCCCCCUCCCCCCGGGCCGCCGCCGCCGCCGCCACCUCGCCGCCUCAGCCUGGCGGGGAGGAGGAGGAGGAGCAGCAGGCCUCCGGCCCCCGGCACCGCCGUCCGCAGUCUGCAUAUAGGCGUUUUCUGCUGGCCUAACCAGAAAAGGGCUACCUGCGAGUGAAAUGAUGAGUACGUUAGAAGGAAACUGCAUGCUUGUUAGUGGUUUGAAGCUUAACCAAAAUUUAGAAUAAAGCCUAAUAAUGGUGUGCCUUAUUGGAACUUAGAGAAAUGAAGGCCAAAGCUUACAUGUUUUUCGGCAGGUUAUUACAAGAUAUUGGAUAUAGUGUCCUGUAUCAUACAUUGCUGAGUCGUGUCCAGGCUCUUCUAUCCAUGGCGAUUUUUCAGGCAAGAAUACUGAAGUGGGUUGCCAUUUCAUUCUCCAGGGUAUCCCUGGAUCAGGGAUUGAACCUGUGUCUCCUGCACUGACAGGUGGAUUCUUACUACUGAGCCACCAGGACAUUUCUGACUCAUUUGCAUCCUUGAAGAGCAUCUAUAGAAGAGGAAGGGAAAGAUGGGUGUGAAAACGUUUACUCAUAGCUCCUCUUCCCACAGCCAGGAAAUGCUUGGAAAGCUAAAUAUGCUUCGAAAUGAUGGACAUUUUUGUGAUAUCACUAUUCGUGUCCAGGACAAAAUCUUUCGGGCACAUAAGGUGGUACUAGCAGCUUGCAGUGAUUUCUUUCGCACCAAACUUGUAGGCCAAGCAGAGGAUGAGAACAAGAAUGUGUUGGAUUUGCAUCAUGUUACAGUGACUGGCUUUAUACCCCUUUUAGAGUAUGCAUACACAGCCACUCUGUCAAUUAACACAGAAAAUAUCAUUGAUGUUCUAGCUGCAGCCAGCUAUAUGCAAAUGUUCAGUGUUGCUAGCACCUGCUCAGAGUUCAUGAAAUCAAGCAUUUUAUGGAAUACACCCAACAGCCAACCAGAAAAGGGUCUGGAUGCUGGACAAGAAAAUAACUCUAACUGCAAUUUUACGUCUCGAGAUGGAAGCAUUUCUCCAGUGUCUUCAGAGUGCAGUGUGGUAGAAAGAACCAUCCCCGUCUGCCGAGAAUCACGGAGAAAGCGCAAAAGCUACAUUGUUAUGUCUCCUGAAAGUCCUGUAAAGUGUAGCACACAAACAAGUUCUCCCCAGGUGUUGAAUUCUUCAACUUCCUAUUCAGAAAAUAGAAAUCAACCAGUUGACUCUUCUCUAGCUUUUCCCUGGACUUUUCCUUUUGGAAUUGAUCGAAGGAAUCAGCCUGAUAAGGUUAAGCAAGCGGAAAAUACCCGGACUUUAGAAUUACCUGGCCCAUCUGAGACAGGGAGAAGAAUGACUGAUUAUGUGACUUGCGAGAGCACAAAAGCUACCUUGUCUCUGGGUGCUGAGGAAGAUGUCCGGGUCAAAGUGGAAAGGUUAAGUGACGAGGAGGUCCAUGAGGAAGUAUCCCAGCCUGUCAGUGCAUCUCAGAGUUCACUGAGUGAUCAGCAGACAGUGCCAGGAAGUGAGCAAGUGCAAGAGGACCUUCUGAUUAGUCCCCAGUCUUCCUCCAUAGGCUCAGUAGAUGAAGGCAUCACGGAAGGAUUGCCUACACUUCAGGGUACUUCUAGCACCAACGCUCACGUAGAUGAUGAUGAUCGAUUGGAAAAUGUUCAGUAUCCCUACCAACUCUACAUUGCUCCUUCCACCAGCAGCACAGAACGGCCAAGUCCCAAUGGUCCAGAUAGACCUUUUCAGUGUCCAACGUGUGGGGUGCGAUUCACCCGUAUUCAGAACCUGAAGCAGCACAUGCUGAUCCACUCAGGAAUUAAACCAUUUCAGUGUGACCGCUGUGGGAAAAAGUUCACCAGGGCUUACUCGCUAAAGAUGCAUCGCCUAAAGCAUGAAGGUAAACGCUGUUUCCGGUGCCAGAUAUGUAGUGCCACUUUCACUUCCUUCGGGGAAUAUAAACACCACAUGAGGGUUUCCCGGCAUAUUAUCCGCAAGCCUCGGAUUUACGAGUGCAAAACAUGUGGCGCCAUGUUCACCAACUCUGGAAAUUUAAUCGUGCACCUGAGGAGUCUGAACCAUGAAGCGUCAGAGCUAGCAAACUACUUCCAGAGCAGUGAUUUCCUAGUACCGGACUACUUAAACCAGGAGCAAGAAGAGACCCUUGUUCAAUAUGAUCUUGGAGAACACAGUUUUGAAAGCAACUCCUCUGUUCAAAUGCCUGUAAUUUCACAGGUCUCCUCGACCCAGAAUUGUGAAAGCACUUUUCCCUUGGGGUCUCUUGGGCUGACAGAAAAGGAGGAAGAAAUGCCAGAGCAGCCAAAGACCAGUGCUUCUGCCGAGGCAACCAGAGAUGACCCCCCAAAAUCAGAGCUGUCUUCUAUAACUAUUGAGUAAUUUCAUAGUUUGGCUUCAUUUUUAAUUUUUGGAAAGUGCCUGUGCUUGGUCUUGUACAUUUGAAUUUAAUUUUUUAAGCAAAAAAAAGGGUUUGGAAAAAUUUCCCUUUUUACUUUGUAAGUCCUGCAACUGAUGUUUUAUUUUUCAUGACUGAGAGAUUGCUUCUGUAAGUGCACAAUAACAUGGUGUUGAAAUACAGUAGAAACCCUGAAACUUAAGGAGAGAGAAGCAGUUGACUUCACACUUAUAUCAGUUUCCUCUUCCAUCAUCAGGAGUAGGCUAACAACAUAUCAUUAGGUUGAGAAGAAAUCAGAUGAUUAUUGACCUUCCUGAAAUGAAAGGAUACACCAGAAACAUACUACUAAACAAAUUUGGCAAAUGGCCUGAAUAGAUGUUUACUCCUGUACACAGGACAUUGUACAAUCUUCUGUAAAGCCUGUUGUUUCUGGAAAUAUUUAUGGUGAGCUUUCUUAAAAAUUAUUAGGGUGUGUACUUCUGAAAUUCCACGUUUUUUUUUUUUUUUUAAGCUUUGUCAUUAUAAUUUUUUAUGGUGAAAAUUUGGUAUUGGGAUACGUAUUCCCUGUACCUUUAUAAUAGUACUCUCCAAAUUAUCUUUCUUCUGUGAAAGACGGCAGAGAGCCACGGUUGAGAAGAGUCAACCUGUGCAUGAAGUGACCAGGAAUGGGGAAUAUAGUGUGUGAAUCUCAGCUUCAUAGGAACUCUUUCAUACUGCUUUUCUGGUUAAAAUCAUUGUUUACCUGGUCUUUGAAUGUUAAUGCCUGGCUAAUGAGGUCAUUGCCUAAGUCAGUUUUUGUCUUACUCUGUCAACAGUACUUUCUUUUGCCUAUACUUGGCAUGAUCCCAUAAAAAGGAAAUAUACUGGAGAUGUUCUAUAUUUUAUAUAUAGGUUUGUGUAUUAUUGAGGAUGUUUUCAUUCUGCUGUUUGGACAAAAUAAAGAAUUCUCUGUUAAGGCUAUGUUCUUAACCCAACUAAGAUUGUUUACAAAAUACCAUGUGACAGUGAUAUAUUGUCCUUAUUCCACAAUAUUUUUAGACAUUGUGAAAUGUCAUAUUGAAAGCAGUUAGUAUAGUUUUUACAGAAUGUAAGCAAUAAUAGAGAAGAGACUAUAAAGUGAUGAUCUGUAACUCAGAUCUAUUUGGGGAAAAAAAUUGUUAAGACUAAAGAAAAACUAAAAACCUUAAGGUAAUGAAUAUUACCUCUUGCUGCUAAAAGAAAGUGAAACUUCCUGGUUUAUAGUUGAAAUACAUAUGAUACUCUAGACUGGAGUAUACAUUUUACCUGGUGCCGUUAAAGCAUCGCUUACCUUGAUCCUAAAUUUCAUGAGUCCAUGAACAAUGAUCUUUUGAGUAACUUUUUUUCCCUAUGUAUAUACCCAGAGUUUAAUCAUUAUGAAGACACCUGAUUAGAUUAGAAAAAGACAAUACAGUUUCUUAUUCAAAACACAAGAUCUCAGUUUUGUCUGGGUGCUAGACCUCAAUAAAAAUUUUUUAAGUUACA